CGUUUCAUGCACAGUUCGACGGACCUUCACCUCGUCUGAACGUGUUACAAUGAAUCCGCUUUGCUCAUAUACGACUUUGACGUGCCAGUUAACAUGAAAGGGAAUUAUAUUUAGGCUGUGAAUAUUAUAGUGUUUGUUUGUGUAUUUACGUUUUGGAUUAUUGUAUUGUGACGUCAACGGGCUGUGAGGUGAAAAAUCUUAGUAUUCAUGCAGUUUGCGAUAUGAUAAAACUUUAUCUAUACAUGAUAGGUAUGAUUUAGAUUGGUGCCUCAUUUCUUAUUGUAGACUCAAGUCAUAUAAUAUAUUUUUUAAGUGUCUAGUAUUGUGAUAUUACGCUUGAUUAGUUCAUUAAGGCCUCCCUUCACGGGGACGAAAUGCAAGUAAACGUGGCGGGGCUAAGGAGAAAUAUUAAGAACCUCGCGCACAACUACUCUGAUGCUCAGGUAAAAGUGCGCGAAGCGACAUCGAACGACCCAUGGGGCCCAUCCAGCACUCUGAUGGCGGAAAUCGCCGACCUCACCUACAACGUGAUGGCCUUCACCGAGAUCAUGCAAAUGAUCUGGAAGCGUCUCAACGACCACGGCAAGAACUGGCGACACGUGUACAAGGCCCUGGUCCUAAUGGAGUACCUCAUCAAGACCGGCAGCGAGAAGGUGGCCAUGCAGUGCAAGGAGAACAUCUUCGCCAUACACACCCUCAAGGACUUCCAGUAUAUGGAGGAGGGGAAGGAUCAAGGUCUUAACGUGAGAGAGAAGGCGAAGCAGCUGGUGCACCUUUUGAAAGACGAGGAGAGACUGAAGAACGAGAGAGCGCGCGCUCUCAAAGCGAAACAGCGCUUCGCUCAAACGGCCAGCGCUUUCGGCAGCGACGGCGCUCUGGACACGCCCUCUAGUCCCACCUAUCCCGCGCUAAGCGGCAGCGGCGAAUGGGCCGGCAGCGCUCCCGGAAACGGCCGAGAGUCGGAGUUGGCCCGGCCCCUGACGGCGGGAGAGGAGGAGCUGCAGCUGCAGCUCGCCCUGGCCAUGUCCCGCGAGGAGGCCGAGCGGGAGGAGAAGCGGCGCCGGUCGGACGACGUGCGGCUGCAGCUCGCGAUCAGCCAGUCGCAGAACGACUUCCAGUCACCUGGAGCGACGGGUGUUGAGAAGAAGCCCGAGAGCAACGGUCAAUCUCAUCUGCUGGACCUGCUCGACGUCUCUCUGGGACCUCCCGGGCCGACCGUCGACCCCUGGGGCCUGCCGGGGGAGAGACCCAAACCGGACACCAGUUCCGAGGCGUGGUCUGGCGUGAACAGCCCGGCCCGUGACCCUUGGGCUCCGGCCGCCGCCGACGCCGAUCCUUGGGCCCCGCUGGCACAGAGCAAGAGUCCGAUAUCCGCGAUUUCCUCUCCAUCUUCGGACUUGGAGCAGUUCGACGCUUUGUCUCAAAGGCAGAAAACGCAGAACAAUCACGAGCGAGAUCCCUUCGACCUCUCUGGGCUGGGUGGCAAACUGAGUCCGCCCAUAUCCAGCGGCACGGGCGCCAUCAAGAAGUCCCCGUCGGCCUUCCUGGGCGAGAACUCGUCUCUGGUGAAUCUGGAGCGUCUCCUGCAGCCGGCGGCUCCCGCGCCCCCCGCCGCGCCGAACCCCUUCGCCCCCCUCGGACCCCAAGCGCCCGAGACCCCGCGGCAGAUGUUCGCCCAACCGCAGCCGGCAAAACUAUCAAUUAACGAGAUCAAGCAGCAGCAAAUGGGUUUGGCUUCCAACCUGAGCUUUCCCAGCUCCUCGCCCGCCUUCAACGCGCCUCUGAACAUGGCCGCCCCCAUGCCCCCUCUAGCCAAUAACGUGGGUUCCAUGUCGACGAUGCCCCCCCUGGGGAGCACUAUGCCCCCGUUAGGCAGCAAUAUACCGCUGAGCGGGGUCCCACUCUCCGGAGCGCCUCUAGGUGCAGGUGCAGGCGCCGACCCGUGGUCCCCGUCCGGGGCUCGCGCCGCGUCUCCGUGGUCUCCGCCCCCCGCCCGCCACACCCCCAACCCUUUCCUCUCCUAGCCACGGGAAAACACUUUACUAACGUUUUUUACAUACUUAACCAUUAUCAGUCCUCAUUUAAAGUCGGUUGAAUCUAAACCAAAUACCAUUGGCCUAUAGUGGGUUCGAUUUCCGGUGAAACUCUUCGAGGCUUAAAUCUCAGUUAGAUGAUUCAGUUUGAGGCCGGAGUGACCUGAGACCGAUCCUAUGCAGAGAGGCGUGAGCGACGAACGGACAGACACGCCAGUGCUGCAUGUAUUCAUUCACCGCGACGCCAUUCCCGGAACUCGUUCGCCAGGGUUCAUAACUUUUUUUUCUCGAGUGUCGAUUCUUUUGGGAACUCUAAGCUUUUUUGAUGUCAAACCCUCCCGAGGCCGUCGUGUCAUUCGGAAGUGACAAACGGCUUCAGUCAAAUUGUAAAUAAAGCCGACCGACGAGUGACCGACGAUGAAGAACACCAAAUGUCGCAGAUAAUUUGCGAUGUCCAAAAUAUAGGAUUUAAUGUAAAUGACUAGUUUUAACGAAUAGCAAUAUGCAAGUCUUAAACGACUCGGCUGUUAUCAGUUUCGAGGAAGUCGGCGGCUGUGAGAUAUUUACUCUUAUCACUCGCAGCGUAUCGGCCCUGCCAAAAAAAGAGCCCCUCUCUCGGAGGCCGGCAACGCACCGGCCGUCGUGAAUUUAAAAGUAUAGAAAUACACUCUCGUAGUAAGCGACGCCCCGCAUCCGCCGACGUCCUCACGAACGGGAAGAAGUCAACGUGCCUUAAACACUCGUCUCAACUCGCUUCAUUCCCGACUCCUGCAAUAGGACUGAUUAGUUUGCCCCGGAGCCGAAAUUAUUUCGAUGAAAUGCUCGAUCUCGGAGCAAAAUCCGUUAAAGCCUCUGCUCGUCUUGGCAGACUCUUAAAGGAAGCCACACGAGAGAUGAAAACGUUGCAUUCUCUGAAUAUACUUCCUCGUCAGAGCGAGACCGGUUCUAAAACAUUUUCUUUUAUAUACAAUGUUGAGAUGUAAAAUUUGAUGGAAAUAUGUUGUGUGUGGAGAAUCAGCAGGCGUUUAAUAAAUUAGAUUUCACGCUUCCGUUUUAGAAUACGGGUUUAAAUCGUGUUUGCAUUAUUUUUUAUACUUGUAGCCUCGCCCACAAACAAAUUCUAUUAAUUUGGAAAAUUGUCGUUUAAUAUUUAGUUAGAAAUGUCAGUAUUUUAAUUAAGCUUAUUGUUUUUCUGUGACCGAAACGGAGACGCCUCUAUAUUUUUUUAGAAUUUCUACUUCGUCGCGUGCGUCGUAAUCUGUGCUAAUUUACCUUCGGUAUUUAUGUUUUAUGAAGUCUUUGAUCAAAUUCGAUUUUCGAACGUCAAGUCGACGGCCGCCAUUUUGUUCGGGGCUAAAAUGGCGGGAAUAUGCUUAUGUAAUUGUUUGAGAAUAUAUUGCGUAAAUUCUUUGUAUAUGUUUUUGCUUAUUACAUUUUUAUGAGUAGCGGUUUUAUGGUUAUCGAUUAUUGUUUAUCAGUUGUUUAGUUAAAUUAUUAUUUUAAUAUAUUAUUAAUUUUGACCAAUAAAAUGCAUCGACGCUAAUCCAAUGUCAUUUAGCUAGGGAGAACUGUAAAGAUUACUGUAACUAUUUAAUUAAAAUAUAUAAGUUUUUCAGUAAA